AUGGGGAGCGAGCCGAGGGAAGAGGAGGAGGAGGUCGACCAUGGGCGAGUACCAUUGAUCGAAGAGGACGAGGAGCACAUGUGCGACUCCCCGGCCGGGUUCAGCCCUCUGCCCAUUCGUAAAGCGGCCCUUGGGGCCAGCCGGAAGGGCCACCGGGGCCCCGGCUCCCUGUUGCUUUGCAUAAUGCCCCAGUCGCCCCGGAAGCUUCAAAAAAUGACCAACACUACAGCGCUGGCCAGGCGGGCACCGAAA